CAACUUUAUAGUUUCAACAGGUGAAUACAGAGUGUGCAUCUUUUUAUCGGCGAAACUCUCUGUUCAGAAAUCGACACUGUAAAAAAAUUGUACUUGAAACAAUGAUGUGGCCGUACGUACGAUGGUUGGUACUUCUGGUAACUAUUCUCGUACUUCAGAGCGAUUGGACAGCAGCCGCACCAAAUCCUCACGGUGAUGACAUGAUGCGAUUGCUGAAGCUGGAUCAGAUGUAUUCAUCAGUAGCUAGACCAAGUUUGCGGAGUGUAUCUACCGACACAGAACUGAAACCUAAGUUAGUCCAAAGAGCCAUGUUGCGACUCCAAGAACUAGACAGACUUUAUUCCGAUCGAGCACGUCCUAGAUUUGGCAAAAGAGUUUCUCAAAGCAGUUCUCAAUACGCACCACUUGAAUACGACAACCAGUACCGAAGCGAUCAAGACGUCGGCGACUGGUUGCCUGUUCGAAGAUGAGGUACUCUGUCAACAUUUCCAAUGAUCUUUAAUUUUUUGCGGAUUCCCCAACCCAGUAGACAAUCACGAUGAGUUCGGUCAUCCUUCGUAUUCUUCAAUGUCGUUUUAUUCUGCAAUUCAAUCUGUUAUUGUUGCUAAAAAUUAUUUAGUCCUAAAUAAAGCAUCUUUGUGGCCUAA